AUGGCUUAUACGGACCAGAUAACCGAUACAACACAUUCGAAUGUUGCAUCCUCGGAAUUGCUGAUUGGGCUCCCGGAAGGAACACCCCAGGCUAAAUACUCCAAUAUGGAAAGGCUGAAACGGGCUGCUGAUGCUCAAGCCCUUCGGUGCGCUGAAGAUGAUUUACAGAGCCCGUUUGUGAUAGUAACAUGUGUGCCGUACACUAUCCUCGAAGAAUUUGACAACUUUUAUCCUAGAAAAGGCCCCAGAAUCAAAGCAAAUCUACGAGAAAGAGUCCUCGUUCUUGAAGUAAUGGUGCAAAGACCCCAUGAGACUGCUACUGCACAGCUCACACGGUAUAUCCAGUCCGGCAUUGAUAGCACGGGCCUUGGGAAUGAGUUGAUUGCCGGCGGUGGACCUCGAGAAGUCAACAUAAACAUGACCUGGGUUAAAGAGCCAGACAGUAGUUUUUGGCUCAAUGAUGACAUAGGGUGGCCUGUAUUGGCCAUUGAGACGGGCCUGUCCGAGGACGAACGCAAACUGGCCGUAGAUGCCCAGGGAUGGCUUGAGGCUGAAGGAUCACAGACGCAAGCCGUGAUAACGGUCAAAAUAGACCGCUACACUCCACAUAUAACUUUUCGGCGGUGGGAGCAUUACUAUCCGCCUUCUCGCCCUGUAACCCGACGCUACCAACCGAUUGGAUCCUGCAUGGAGACUGUCGAUGUGAUACAUUGCCAUGGAGCUACCAGGGCUACAGGCAACCUCACUAUUCCUGUCGCGAAACUGUUGCGUCGAGAGGCGUGUUGGCAUGAUGGAACCGACUUUGUAGUCGAGAGGGCCUCACUGAUCAAGAUUGCAGAACUCACUUGGCGGAGUCAAGGCUUUAUGUAA